GCGAUAACCAACAACACUAGCAGAGAGAUUGAGAGGGCAACAAUUGGCGAGAUCAGGUGAGGCAAGAGGCAGAGAGAUCGAGUGGUGACAGGCGGAGAGAUCGAGAGACGAUGAUGGCGCCAAGCUCAAGAGGUUUUGCUUCCGCAGGGGAAGGGGUUUCAGCGAGGCGGGGGCUGAGGGAAGGAGAUGGAAGAAGGAGGAGAUGG